GCGAAUUUUCUUCUGUUCCGUGCGUUGUCUAUCUUUGGGCAGCAAAUUUAUCACCUUUCCGACGGCGUAUUCACUUUUAACGGAAACCAAUUGUCCACAUCAGUAAUGGUAAUUCAACGAGUCUGGCGUUCGUCUUCGUCAGCUUCAGGUAUCUCUUCCAGCAGCAACAGUUCCGUGCUUACAGCUGGCGGAGCAACAAGUUCCUCUGAAGUAGGUCAAAAUGUUAGCGCGUCUGAUUCUGACGGCAGUGCGCCUGCCGGCGGUCAACAGCAAACCGGAAAUGGAGGGACUAAAUCGCAGCGGUCCAAAUUCAGUGGUGAGACUAUGCUUGAGACAUUAAAAAUGCGUUAUUCUGGACGGUCUUAUUCAAAUCAACCUCCGAACGAUGCCGCAUUGAAAUCCCUUGAAUUACUUCGUGCCAACAUUCAGUAUCUAUUCGAUAAGGAAAUCGAUGUGGUCAUUAAAAAAUUUAGUUCACUAUUUUUCAUUCCCGCGAUAAAAAAUAUCAAAGAGAAUCUGGGGGAGAGUGCCAUUUCCGAAGAAACUCUUAAAACCAUUUAUUGCUCACUGUUGGAGAACAGUAAACCGCAGUAUGUGGGGCAGAUAGCUUCACCAGCGGAAAACUCACUAUCGAGGGCAAACACUCCCGGAAUGGAGUUGAGUGACUCCGAUUCAAGCACGGAUAAUGUUGUUCCGUCCGGCACCACUAGCUUGCUCCAGCAAGCAUUGAAACGAAAGCUACCCGAGCCCAACCAACCGGAUACCUUCAAGCGGCAAUACUUUCUCCAAGGUUCGUCCAUUUAUUCCCAAAAUCAGUACUCCAUUCUGCAGUCACUAGGAAAUGUCCAAGGUUCGCUGCCGUACCAGAUUAAGCCGUCCGUUUUGAAUGCCACGGUUUACACGACAACAAUUAGCCCGGAAACGUUAUUCAUUUUGGAUUUUAAGGCGGGUCGAGCUUUAGGUGUGUCGGACUUCCGCGAGCGGCUUGCCAAUAAGCACCCGGAAAUUUUACGCUACUGUCCCGAUAACCAGGAUCGUGAUUGGCUGCUGCAACAGAAACAAAUCUCACCUCUCAACAGAAACGGACGCUUCUUCCUACUCGUCUUGGAUGAGGUGCGGAAGCUUGCCGAACGAAACUCCGAGUACGCCAACAAUCCGUACAUGAAGGUGCCCGAAUUGCAAGGUUUCAAGCUGACGGAAUUCAUCUACGCUAAAGUUCAGAAGCUGAUUAAGGAUAGCGCAGAACCGACGGUGAAACCAAUUUCGCAGAGCAUGACAACAGCGAUCGUCACGAGUGUUCAACAGAGACCCCGGGUAUCCUCACUGAGUUCCUCUCACGCGACACUGACGGCACUACUGUCCUCGCCCCAGCAAUCUCAACCAAGUUCGACGAUGGGCGAGGCGUCGAACGUUGGAUCCGCCGGAAGCCAAGGACAGGACGCGUCCGUGGCUAGUAAUGAUAUGAAAACAUGAACUGAAUAAAGUGGUUCCUAUUUUUCUUGGAAGGUCGAGAAGUGAUAUUUUAAGAUAGGGAAAUUGUAGACACUCGCUUGCGAUGAGGGCGAUGAGGAACAUAUCAAGAUUUCGCGUUACUAACAGUAAGCGUACCUUGAACUGCAAGUUAAGAUAGGUUAUUUCAGUGUACACUGGAUGCAAU